CCUUCUCCUUUACAACUAGAAUGCUUACUGGUCAUCUCGAGGCUAAGGAGUCAGUGGAGGCAAACCAUGUUGGAGGACCCGAGUCAAGGAGCAGGGGCCAACCGUAAGAAGAAUAUGGAGGCUACAGCCCUGGUCCUUGGAGAGGACAGCAGCAAGCCUGACGAUAUCAUGGGACUGCAGAAGCAGAUCUGUGAACUUGCCUCAGAGCUCACAAGACAGGCAUCUUGGUGGUGUGCAGCUCACAAAGACCUCCAAAACCAGAUCAAUGUUCUGAUGAAGGAGAACCAGGAGCUCCGGAAGGAACUGAAGGCUUUGAAGCGGCAGGGUGUGGAGGCCGCAAUAGCCUCACCACCCCUGGCAAGAGCGACCAACACUAUGCCAGUGUACAUAAAGAUAGAGGGAAUGGAUUCAGAGAAAACGACGUCAGACGACACUGCUUCCAGGAGUCCUCAAAACGGAAGUACGAUGGCCACUGGAAGAACAGAUUCCUUAGACGAAAAACUGUCUUACAUGUCUCUUGAUGAAAAGGUUAUGCACCUGUCUUCCAAGUUUAUGCAAAGACACUUUGGCAGGGCGUCACCAGAACCCCUGUCGGACACAACAUUCCUGGACACAGAGUCGGCACCCGAUAUGUGGUCCUCCAAUCCAGAGAGUUCUGAAGGUGAGCUUCUCAUUCAUGCUCAGGAAAACAGGCACCACCCUAGUUUUCUCCAGAAUGCACAGUGGAUGCAGGAACUUCUGGCAGAGUCGGGACCUCCUAGAGAAGAACCGCCCCCCAUGGACACCGAGAAGGACAAUGAGACGCAGGAAAAGCGACACCCGAAUGGCAAGGUGGAGCAGGUACUCAGUGAUGGACGAACUAUCAUCACCUUCCCCAACGGAACCAGGAAGGAGAUCAGUGCGGACAAGAAGACGACCCUCAUCAAGUUCUUCAAUGGUGACAUGAAGAAGGUCAAGCCUGAUCAGAGAGUGAUUUAUUAUUAUGCAGAUGCUCAGACUACACACACAACCUACCCGGAUGGUGUUGAAGUCGUGCAGUUUCCGAACAAGUGGACUGAAAAGUUCUACCCAGAUGGCUCCAAGGAAACCGUGUUUCCUGAUGGGACCGUGAAGCAGCUUAAGGAUGGAUGUGAGCAAACUGUGUUUCCUGAUGGGACAUACGUGACAGUGAAAAGGAAUGGAGACAAAAUCAUCAUGUUCAGCAAUGGACAGAAAGAGAUCCACACAGCCAGGUUCAAGCGGAGGGAGUUCCCGGACGGCAGCACGAAGACUGUGUACUGCAAUGGCUGCCAGGAGACCAAGUAUGCCUCAGGGAGGGUCAGGGUCAAAGACGAGAUGGGAACUGUCAUCCUGGACUGGAAGUAG